AUGGUCUGGCCGUUUUCUCAGAAUAAAGGAUCAUCAACUUUGAGGUCAGAGAAGAAAGCUGAAGAGGAGUUACUAAAAGAACUACCCGAAGACCUAGGCAAAUUCCUCAAGUUUAAGAACCGUGAACGCUUCAAAUUCGAAGAUAAAGCUGAUGAUUCGAAAUUCAAACUUCAUAAGCAACAGAAUCCAGUUAAAGCUAUCCCCUUGACAAAUUGUGCUGAUUUCCAACUUGCUAUGGUCAAUUGUUUAAAUAAUGGAUCAACUACUGAUAAAUUGACAAUGUGCAAUAAAGAAAGUAAAAGAUACCAAGAUUGUUUCAAAUUGCAAAGAAACCUUUUGCUCAAGCUUGGUAUUGAACAUGCUAAUUCCAUUGAAAAGUACGACAAGAUUGAAAGAGCUGCUGAUGAUAUUGGUGUUCAGUGGUUUGAAGAGGUCAAAGAUCCAGAGGUUAUCCCAGAUAAAGUUUUAGAACACGUUUAUGAUAAAAGAGAUGAGAUUUGGAAAUGA